UUCAGUUCAAGAUUCUGAGAAACUGCCCUGGUGCCCCCAACAAUAAGAGGAGGAACAAAAUCCGUGAUCAGGAUUAAAGGAGAAAUAAGGGGGACGGAGUGGAAUGAAAAGAACCUACAGUUAAUUUUCUUAAGAGAUAAAGUACUAAAUAAUCCCUGUGAUUAACCAAGGAGUAAAAAACAAGUUUUAGAAAUUAGAAAGUUGGGAAGCUUGUGGAGAAUGAAGAUUUUUUUUUUAAGUGUCACGUAUGAUUAUUGCUCAAAAUGGUACCCGUGGCUCAGCAAGGAGCCGCUAGGGAGCGCUACCUCCCCUCGCGCCCCAGUAGCCCAUAUCGGGCACUUUUCAGGUCAAGGGCUAAUGGGAAUUCGGGAAAUUGCCAUCCCUGGCUUCCGGAGUUACUCUCAGGGAAAUUUCAAGCUCCAAGAGCUCUCAAUUGAAAGGGAAUACAUGAACUUUGCUUUCAAAUCAAAAAUUUGCCGGGGAUGGGGGGAAUGAACUCUCAGAAGUCCUAAGGAACAGGAAGGGCAAAUACAAACGAGUCGGGAAGGGAAGCCCCCAAAUGAAAUUAAUACAAAAGUUUAGGGGAAGAGGUCGGAAAUGGGAGAUCAACGCCGUAGUUGCUUUUAUCAAGGGAAAAAGUCACUUUAAACCUAGGAAAGGAGUGUGGCUGUGGCCAAGAUAAAAAGCGCGGCGCAGGACGUGUUUUGCAACCCCAAGCGCCCAAGGCCCGUCCGGGGCAGCGGGCGCGGCCCCACCCAUCGCGGGCGACUCCUGACCCCGAGCUGACUCACUUCUCGGAUAGCGCGCCAGCAAUUUCCAGCACCAGUUAGGUUUGUGAAACCGGUAAACCGAGGAAAUCACAAACGAACCAAGGUUUGUAAUCAGGAAAUCUGGAGAGGGGGAAAAGAAAACCCUACGGCAACAGGGGAAGGAUUUCGAAUCGGGGGCACGAAGACGGAUUAGGAAUACAGGUGACUCGCUGCCUUAGGGGGAAGCGACCGCGCUCUCCCUCGCCCCGCACGCCCAAAGGGAAGAAACUUGCAGAUCAGCAAGAUGGGUGUGGAAGUUCCAGCUGCGCCCGCGUCGCCCCAGAGCGCGUCCGCCGUCGCGGGGGGUCGGGGGAGGGAACGAGAGCGGAAGAGGCCUCAUCCCAGGGCCCAGUAACUAGCCGAGGGGCCGCUGUCCGGGCAGGGCCUGGGUCAGACCCAGAGCCUCAACAUGGCGGCACCGGAAGUCUCCGCCGCGGAGGCUCCUGGGAGUUGUAGUGCGCCGGUUUCGGGGCGUGACGCACUUCUGGGCCGGGUCGGAAGUUGUGGCUGGCGCUCUUCCGGACUGGGGGAUCGGGGCGUGACUGUGGCGAUUUGGGCGGUGUCACUCCUUUUCCCCGGGGAAAGGAGGGAUGAAGGCUUGCUUCAGUUUCCCGAACGCGAGCGGAAACGUGUGCUUGUGGCUGCGGCCACCGCCCGAGCCGCUUCCCCGGCAACGCAGCACUCUGGAAGCCCAGCCUCGAGCGCCGCUUAAAAAGAUGCGUGUCGGCAGAUUUAAUCUGCAGGUGCUCGGAAGGAUGGGCACGGAGGAAAAAACAAAACAAAGCUGGCGCGACUUAGGCAGCCGCUGUUCAUGUCUUUACGAGGCUUUUGUUUUUGUCUUUGUUCUUUUUAAUAACACAGCUGCAGUGACUCCACACCAGUAAUUUCCUGCUCCGCUUUUUUGCUUCACGUGAGUAUCCUACAGCUCAUUUGGACCCUCAAUUGGAUCCUUUUCCUGCUGGGAAUCCCCUGAUGAAGAUCGAAGUCGUUGAAGUCCUCACACUGAACCAAGAGGUAGCACGUCCCCGAAACGCCCAGAUCCGGGCCCUCUAUGCUGAAGAUGAGGCCCUGAGCCCAGAUGUGCUCGGGGGGCCCACUCAACAGCUAGGCAAGCAUCCAGCUGACCCUGAGGCUGCGCGCCAGAGGUUCCGGGGCUUUUGCUUUGAGGAGGUGGCAGGGCCCCGAGAGGCCCUGGCCCGGCUGCGUGAGCUGUGCCGCCAGUGGCUGCAGCCCGAGGUGCACUCCAAGGAGCAGAUGCUGGAGCUGCUGGUGCUCGAGCAGUUCCUGGGUGCCCUGCCCAGGAAGCUCCGGAUGUGGGUGGAAUCGCAGCACCCAGAGGACUGCCAGGAGGCAGUGUCCCUGGUGGAGGAUGUAACCUGGAUAUCUGAGGAGGAAACAUUGCCUGCCCAGGACCCCAGCUGCUCUCUCCAGACCACAGCUCCUCAGGAAGAAAAAGGGGAGAAUAUGACUACCUGGCCGGCGAAGGCACCACCUGAGGAACCAGUGACCUUCCUGGAUGUGGCCGUGGACUUCAGCAAGGAAGAGUGGGGGCUGCUGGACACGACGCAGAGGACCGAGUACCAUGACGUGAUGUUGGAAACCUUUGGACACCUGGUCUCUGUGGGGUGGGAGACUACACUAGAAAGUAAAGAGUUAACUUCAAAGUCUGACAUUCCUGAGAAAGAACUAGCCCAUGACCUGAAAAUCGAAGAAAUCUCAAGGGAUGACACGUGGUCCCCUAGGUCAAGAGAUGUCUCACAGGGUGAGGCCCAGGAAGUCUUGGACACGGCACUGAAGCAGGUGGGGCCAACUCAGGAAGAAACCCUCCCUCAGAAAAGCCCCCCAUCCCAGGCAAACACUGGCCUUGUCACAAGCCAUAUUUCACUCCAGAAAACUCUCCCUAGAAAACGCUUGCGCAAGCGUGGCUCGCGGGUUAAGAAGGUGACACGUAGUCCAUGUGUAAAAAUUCAUCAGAAGGGCCACAAAGGGGAAAAAGCCAGAGAAAAUAGUGGUUGUGGGAGAGCCUUCAGCCGGAGUGCUCAGCAGAUCACAUUCACAAGAAUCCACAAAGGGAGCCAAGUCUGCCGAUGCAGCGAAUGUGGCAAAACUUUCCGGAACCCAAGAUACUUCUCUGUACAUAAAAAAAUCCACACAGGAGAGAAGCCGUAUGUGUGUCAGGACUGUGGGAAGGCAUUUGUUCAGAGCUCCUCCCUCACACAGCAUCAGAGAGUCCACACUGGAGAGAGGCCAUUUGAGUGUCAUGAGUGUGGACGGGCCUUCAAUGACCGCUCAGCCAUCUCCCAGCACCUGCGGACUCACACCGGAGCCAAGCCCUACCAGUGUCAGGCCUGCGGAAAAGCCUUCCGCCAGAGCUCCCAUCUCAUCAGGCACCAGAGAACGCACACUGGGGAGCGCCCCUACACAUGCAACAAAUGUGGAAAGGCCUUCACCCAGAGCUCCCACCUCAUUGGGCAUCAGAAGACACACAGUGGGGUGAAAUGCAAAAAGAAACAGCCUACCUCACAGUCCUCCAGCUGAGCUGGUUGAAAAGCCUUUUCAGCCAUUUCAGCCUGAUCCUGCAGCAUAACAUGAACAGGCCUGGUUGCCAUUCAGAACUGAAAGUGAAAAGCAGCAUUGAGUGAUGAUGUUCUCAAGACCAAAGGACAAUUAGGGAGACCACCCUCCACAGGAGUAAAUAAGAAAGCUGGUGGGGAGUUGUUGCUAAUGAAUAUAGGUUGGAAAAACAUUUAAUUUUUCACUCACUUGAUUUGCUGUUAUAAUUUGCUCAUUUGGUCAUUAAAAAUGAUACUAGUGAAACCUGAAAAUGCUUAUAAUGUAAGUUUAAAAAGCCAGGUACCAAAAAGUGCACUGAUACUAUAUUUGUGGUAAAGUAUUUAUGCAUAUGGACAAGGACUAAAAGAACAAGUAUAAAUAAACUAUUUCUGUGAUAGAA